AGCAGCGUCGGCCUGGCCAGGAGAGUCCAGUGUGCAAGCGACGAGAACAGAAUCAGAUGGUGGCGAAGAUCGCGGAUUGAUAGGUCGCGGGGUGCAUGAGAGAGAGGGAGAGAGAGAAAGAACAGGCGUUUACGAGACGGUGGUUGGCAUAGGCUCUCUCUCUGGCAGGAGGACGGGGAUAUUUCACUUUUCUGUGUGUACGCGUACGCGAACGAUAGAGUUAACGAGGAAAAAAGGCGACAUAGAGAGAGAGAGAGGGAGAGACAAAGAGAGCGCGCGCGACAAGCCGCGAGUGAAACACGGCAGUCGACGAACGCGGACUCGUCAUCGACGACGGUAACGAAAUGAUCCUCUAGCUCCGUGCUUUCUGGCCUGGUCCACGCACAAGGGAAGGCCGACGACGACGGGAAGGAGGUGGAGCAAGAGGCGAAUCGUUCUCGUGUGUCGCUCAGUGUGCUGAAUAUAACGCUCCGUUUACAUUAUCGUCGGAGGACAGAAGUGCGCGUUGCCACAGUGUUGGAGUACGGUCGCAGAGCGUGAAUUCUUUUCGCAAAAAAAGAUAUCCGUGAGACAUUCAUUAGGGAGGCCCUCCCGGGGCACCGUUUGUCAGGCUCAGCUGAUCCACGCGCAGCGAGAGAAUCAAGGGGAGGACAAGGAGAAGGAGGAGGAGGUGGACGCUAACAGCAGCGCUGCGGGGCGAGGAAGGUCUCCUGCCGAACUCAGCACCGCGACGAUCGAGGAGCACCGAUAAAUAUGUCGUCCCCCAGCGCCGGCAAGCGACGUAUGGACACGGACGUUAUCAAACUAAUAGAAAGCAAACACGAGGUGACAAUCCUAGGAGGACUAAAUGAAUUCUCCGUCAAGUUCUACGGUCCACGAGGGACACCAUACGAAGGUGGAAUAUGGAAAGUAAGGGUUCAUUUGCCGGAGCACUAUCCUUUCAAAUCCCCUUCGAUUGGUUUCAUGAACAAGGUCUACCAUCCCAACAUUGAUGAAGUCUCAGGCACGGUGUGUCUAGAUGUUAUCAAUCAGGCUUGGACUGCCCUUUACGACCUGUCGAAUAUUUUUGAAUCUUUUCUGCCUCAGUUGUUAACAUAUCCCAAUCCAAUUGAUCCCCUGAACGGUGACGCUGCCGCGAUGUAUCUUCAUAAACCAGAAGAGUACAAGAAGAAGGUAGCGGAUUACGUCAGGAAGUACGCGACGGAGGAGGCGCUGAGGGACCAGGAGAACGGCGGCACCGGUAAUGGGAUGUCCUCCGAUAGCGAGUCCUCGAUGAGCGACUUCAGCGAGGACGAGGCGCAGGACAUGGAGUUGUAACCAAAUAUAUUACCAUCCGUACCCAUAUCCUUAAUCAUCUCGAUUCCCUGUAAGAUCUCCGAUCGGUCGUCCUACUACCAAAUAGAUGCUUACACCCGAGACUCCGAGCCUCACUUAUGGUGACGGCGACGAGCCCUUAUUACUUGUCGUUGCUCUCGUCGUCCGUCGCUCGUACGUAGCCGGCUCGCGUUCCUCAACAAACGAGACGGGGGGCGGGGGGGAUUCCCAACUCUCUACGAGAGUGAAAGCAACAGAAGCGAACGAGGUAAAAACGGAGAAUCGCAUACGGGGUUGUGUACUACGCGCUCUUCUUACCGAGCGCAUCGAAGAGUGUUUUCGAUCACGAUGGCCGAUGUCUUUUACAAUCGUCCGAAUUCUCUUGAGUUGGUUCCGUCAAUUGUUUAUUGCGUUUGAUUGCCACGAUCAUGAUAACGAUAACGCGUCUAUCAGAUAACGCGUAAUCUGUUAGCAUAAACGAAAUUUUUAGUUUUUGCAACACAGAAUCAAUUCUCUCUUUCUCCGAGUGCGAGAGAUAGAGAAAGUAAGGAAAUGAAAAAGAGAGAAAAGAGAGAGAACCCGUUGCUCGGAUGUACGGGUUAUCUGCUGCCGGUUGAGAUCCGCAAUGUCGAUUCUCGAAAUUGCUCAUAUACAAUACCUCGACAACUCUGGCAUCGAUCGGACGAUGCGUCAUCUACUGUAUUUGUAUCUACGAUGUAUUUCUGUGUGAUUGAAAAACGACCGAUACACUAACAUUAUCGACCAAGAAUGACACAGGAUACAUUUGUCCGAUUACGUCUCCCUCGUUUUUGAGAUUCUCUCGCCCUUGUUCAUUUCUCGUUUCUUCUUCCGAGUGCCGCAGCUGUGCUCAUCGUUGUGAUAUUUGAAAACACGUUAUCGAGAGAGAGAGAUUAAAUAAAGAAGCACCGGAGAAAUGCGCCACGAAAAAUUUUAAUAACAAGAUGAUCGAUUUGAUUAUAUAGCGAUCGCAUCUUCUUCACGGCUAACGACUCCUUUGCUUCUAUCUUAGACUGCAUUAGCAUCCAUUUAAAAAGAAAAAAGUAUAUUUUCGCAAAAAAAUUACUAUUGAUCAUUAUUUAUUCUUCGCAUUUUUUAAGCUUGAGAAAUACGUUAAAGAUUGCUUAAAGAAGAAAAAAAUAAAUUAUCUUUGCAACAUUUUUCUUUUUCCUCGCAAUUGAUAGAUAAAAAAAAAGAAAAAAAAAAUAUUGGUGCGUAUGUCAAUUUUACGGUUCUCCGUUAAGGCAGGUCUUUUGUUUAAGCAACCAGUGAGACACAUAAAAUGCGAUGGAGUAUGGGUACUAGCACCGUCUUCCUUUAUCCUGCCAUCACCAUUCCCAAACGUUUCCCUCGUAGGGCUUCGCAUCAGCGACCGAUCGCUACGUCGUCGUCGUCAUCGUCGUCGUCGGCGGGGAAAAGAUCGAAUCUGCCACACAAACGGCCGCACGACUGUGACACGAACGAUGUCAGGAUAAUGCAGCCGCCGUUCAAGACUGCGCGAUCGUGGAAUUAUCCCGGGAGAAUGAGUGCAAACGAGACUCUGAAUACGUUUCAAGCAUCCUCGGCGUCCUGUCUCGAACUGUGCGCAUCGGGCGGGCAAAAUGCAGAAGAGAUGCAAACAAACGAAUCUGCAGGACCAUCUUCAUCGAUGUGUCCAUUUUUUGGAAGUGAAUUGUAGUAGAUUGUAGUCGAUCCCGAUGGGUGCGGAUCGGACGCGACUCAACGAUCGCUCGCGAAAAAUUUUAAGUCAAUUUGUAUUAUUUUAAUCUCAUUGUUAUUUGAAUUAUAUUAUAGAUUUCAUUAUAUAGAUUAAUGUUAUUAAUAGAAGGACGUAUAUAUUAAAUUAAAUUGAUUUGUUAUAAUGUUCUAAAGAAUACUUUGCUUUCGGAACUGGAAACAUCCUUGCGUUAAAGAAAAAAAAAAAAAAAGAAAAUAUCUAUUUAAUUGUCAUUAUUUCCAUCUGCUAUGCAGUUUACGUUUUACGUCGAACAUUAGAACUAAAGGAAAUGAAAUCAAAGAUCUCAGGGAAUUUUUGUUUGGGAAACAAAAAAUUUAUGGUUGUAGCAUCGCUGAGGUAAGGAAAACAACUAUGUACGAGAGAUGGAAAACACGUGAGGAAAAAACAAAAUUUAUUUUUUAUGAUUGACGAUAUAUCAGCGAAUUUUUGAAUUUUCAAAAAGAACCAAGUAGAGUAAAGAAUUGUGUCUGGCAGUAUAGGAAAAUUGUAAAAAAACACGAGAAUAUAAAAUUGUACAAACUUUGAUGCACAAUAAUCUUCGAUCAAUAGUAUCUCGUUUCAAAUUGAUCUCCCUCCUUUGCAUGAUUUACGUGUAUGCAAUGCGAUUACAACUAUACGUAAGUAUAGACAUUAUAUUUCAGUGCCUUCUCAGGCAGAAAAGCGUGCCUUAUUAUAUGGGUCUCCUGUGAAAAAAAAUUGCAUUGGAAUAUAUGAGUGCAUACGACGAGCAUUUAACGCAUUAACGAAACUGUGAAAAAAAAUUGAUUAUUUUAAGAGCAUUGCAACUAAUAUAAUGUGUUUAUAAGAUGUUUACUUUCGAAAUUAGAGAUAAAUGUGUUGAAAGCAAUUUUUAGCUUCAUACACACAAUAAUUUGAUAAUAAUUGAAAUGUGAACUGUGAAACAUAAAACAUAAAAUGUGAAAUGUAAAACAUAAUUGAACAAAAAAGAGAAAAAUGUAAGGAAGCGUGAAAAACAUUUUAUUGAUAAAAUGAUUGCCGAUUUUCAGAAUUUUGGUUAAAUGACACACUUUUUAGUCGCUUUUCCUCUCUCUCUCUCUCUUUCUCUUUAUCGAAUUUCUAUCUAAUAAUUCAUAUUUCACAAUAAUUACAUUGUUUGCGCCAGCAUAUAGAUCAUAAAUGCAGUAAUUACAGCAAUUAAAUUAAAAUGUAUAUAGUAAAAUAAAAAUUACAGUUUUUUAGUCAAUAUUGCGUAUAUUUGCAAUUUCAGUACAUAAAAAGCUUGCAGUCACAGCUUUGUUCAUUGUGCCGAUAAAGUUUAUAUUCAGAUCUUUAAUGUAUUAUGCAACAGUUGCGUUCAUGUUUCUUCUUACAGAACGUUACGUUUUCUGUUUUCCAUGACGAGAAGAAUAAUAUUUAUAAUAUAAUUUACGUAAAAAAAAAUAUAUAUUUAUCUUUAGCGUCAUUACGAUUAUUUGAGAUAUAUUUUUUCAUUAACACAUACACGCGGCCGGGUUCCUAACGAAUUUGCUCUAUAUUUGCAAAAUAUACUGCAAUUAUAUUCAUUAGUUCAAAAUAAUUACUAUAGAAAUUAAUUGAAAUCAGAUACAGUUUUUAUAUAAUUUAUUAGUCAUUUUCGCUGUUUAACGUCUUCUUUUAAUCCGUGCAAUUAUGUAUAGUGCGAUACCUUCUUUAAAAAUUUCUCAAUUGCUUUUCAUUUUAUACUUCUAUAUUAUACAUUAUACUAUUCGUCUAUUGGCUUCACUAAUAUUUUAAUGUCUUUUGAGACUCGGUGUGCAAUCAACAAAAUAUAUACAUCACUUGAAUAUAUGACAGAAAUGUACAGCUUUUUAUUAUGUUCAGAAUGAAUACUUAACAAGAUGAAUUAUCAGUCGUACUUAUUGUUAGAGAAAAAAAGAACUCUGCUAUUUUUUUAUUCAUACUGUAUUUCUUCGCACACAAAAACGUGUCUCUUCUACUUUAUUUUUAUAAGUUAGCAUAAUAGCUUUAUAACGCGCGCAUUUCGCUAAUAUGACCGAUUUCGUCGACAAUAUUACUUUUAUAUUUCGUCGAUCGAGAACUAAAAAUCAUCAUAGAAUGUACGUUUUACAUAUUCGAUUGAGUUUGAAGUCGUGCUCUCAGAUCUCACAUCGUUGCUAAUUGUACAUGUAACAUAUAGAAUUAUUGACUAGUUAUACGCAUAAAUAUAUAUAUUAUACAUAUAAUUAUCGAUUAUAUUCGCAUAACUCGUCGUUAUGUAUAUGAUUUUACUAACGAAUUGUUUAAUUAAGCGAUAGAAUAGUUUUAAUAAUCAUUUUUUAUUUUUUUUUCAAGUGUUGUUUGUUUUCCCUUGUGUCAACUCUGAUAACUUGUCGCGUUUCAUUUCACAACUAUUGGUAUUCUUUCUAUUUUUGCUUCGCUCAUUAUUAUGACAAAGAUAAAGAAUUUUUUACUGUGUAUGUAAACCGAUAUUAGAUUAUCAAGUUAAUGCUUAGAUUAAUAGUUACUAAUAUUUCGUUUUAAUGAAAAGAUCCAUAUUGCCUCUAUUGUGUUCAAAUUUUGUUGUAACAUUAAUAACGGCAUAUUUUUAUACAUAUAUUAUAAUGAUAUAAUAUAACGAUAUAAUUGCAUAUUCUUUAUCUCAUCUAAUUUCAUCGCCAUUUAAUUUUUCCUUUGUGUAAUUAUACAUAUCAAUUAUUUUUAUAAUCAUAAACAACCUUUUCAUAGCUUAUAUCGAUCUUUUAACUCUGUAGGAUAUGUCCAAUGUUUUUUGAAUACAUGAAUAAUUGUACAUUUAAAGGAUGCAAAGGGGUCGUUACAUACAUAACAGGAAACAUAAUUUAUAGUGAUAAUAAAUUAAGCUCUAGAAAAUUGAAACGAGAGAAUUUGAAACUAUGAUUAUUGUGAUCGAUUGGCUCUUUGCAUAUGUGUUUUUAGUAUUGCACAUGAUGUAAAUCUUAUUCGCGAAAAUGUGUAAAUAUAUUUACGGAUGACAAUUUUCCGAUAUAGAGAGCAGCCGGCGACGAGCGAUGCCACGUAUUUGCCAAAGUUAUGUCAAUAAUUCGUAAUCGAAGGGCGAGGAAUUUAUUUUGCUCGAUUCAGUUUAAACAUCUGACAAAUAUACAUAUAUAUACAGUGUGAAAGACGUUAAAUAUUAGAAUUAUCAAAAAAUUUUGCGCUAUGAUAUAGCCUAUAUUGUCAACGAUUUUUGUGAGGAUUAUAUUUGGAGUUGCAACUUCAAUAUAAAAAAAAAGGAAGGAAAAAAUAUAUUCGAUGUCGGAGAUAGAAUAGUCGGGUUUUCCACUGUACGAUAUUUAAUUCAGUGUAACGUUCUUUUUUAAAUUUUGAAAUAAUGUAGGGGGAUAGAGAUCGAUAGAGCGCUUAUCAAAGAAACUCCUUUUAACAUGACUAAAUAUCAAGUAUUCGUUCAAGACUCCAUUACGUCGUGAAUAAAAAAAGGAUAAAUGAACGACCGUUAUACUCGUGUUCCACCGGCGGAACACGUUUCUUGAUUUGACGUUUCUUGUUUGCUUUGCAAAAUAUUUAUGCUGAAUUCGAUGAUUGAGAGGAAAUGUUCCUCUCCGCUUUAGAUAUUUUUCAUCGGUGGACAAGGAAACAGCAAUAUUUUUGCUACUUAUAUCUCGUAAUUAUAUAUCUCAUCAAUGUUAUCAAGCGUGCCUACGAUAGCACGAGCGUCAGACGCGUUUGCAAUAAUGGUUGAUUAAAGUUGUAAUAAAGAUGAUACAAUCGUUAUAUUAAACCGAUCGUAUACGAUCGAAACUAGUCGUCCGACAACGACACGAUGCAGUUAUACUCUCUCGCGGAAUAUAUUUAUCACUUGGCAAAUUAUUUACUGUUCGCGACCAUAAUUGCGAUUCAUUUCUCUCUAUUCUAUUCAGCCAAAAAUGGGACUGCACAAAUCCAAUUCUCUAAUCUCCCGAGUUAGAUUCAGCGAUAAGAGAAUGAUCUAGCCGUACGUAUUUGCAAAUUAGACAGUGGACGCCGACAUUGUCAUGAAUCGAUAGCGAGAUAAUCGAGCAGCAUGGAAAAUACGAGUAAAAAGGAAAAACAAUUGGUUUAGCAAUUUAAAUGCAUUUCAAUAUCAUGUUUGAUUAUUUUUUCGUAUCUGGUAUUAUGAAUCUGAAGCAACUAUAAUCUCGUAUAAUAUUUUGUUAUUUCCGUCGAAUUUUUUUAAGUGUUGAAUAUUAUGGCUUUGGUAAUAUGCUAUUGCUUUGAGCAAUAUCGGCGUUCGCGAUGCAAUGGGGACGAUUUUCACGUGAGUUGUUACAGUUUUACAUUACUCAUCGAUUGUGCGAAAAUAUACCUAAACAGUUUCCACAUAAAUAAGCGAGACCACUAUCGAGACAACAUUUUUUACGACGUUUAAGAGAAAUAAAUAAUCGCGAUGAAUUUUACACUUGCAUUAAGAGGGAAAAUUAUUUCGCUGCGAAGAGGCAAAAUCGCGGAUGGGAGGACAAAAAGAACAAAAAGUUUACGCUCGCUUAUAUAUCUGGAAAUGAUAAGAACUUAAUAUUUCAACUAUAUGGUGAUGACAAACUGAUGAGGCGGAAGCAUAAUUACAGGACGGGAUACUUUCUUGGCGGUCCGCACUGCAACGUGUAUUUUUUGUCUAAUUAGGGAAACAGGAAUAUAAUAAGAAUUAUAAUCAAGUGUGUUCAUGAAAAUUAUAUUACACGCAGAUAUAUAAGAACAUUAUUAAAGUGAUACAUUGGCUAACGAAACAUAAACCGAAUUAAAUAAUGAAAACGAAAUUUGCUAUAUCAUUAUAAAAUUAAAUUUAUUUGAUAAAAUUAUGGUAUAAAAUAUUACACAUAUUUGGUAUUUAGAUCAGAUAUAUUUUAUUACAAUUAUUGUACAAUUUUGUGUAAGAACGUCGUUUGGUGCGCGCUGCAAAGAAUUUAGAAGAUUGAAGGAUUUCAACAAUGUUCGCGAUCCUCUAAUCAAUCGCUUACAGUGAGACGGAUUCUUUUGAUAUAGAUCUCGAUAUCGCUGGUAGCACACAAAUCCUUUUCAAACGUAUCAUAUGUAGCGACGUAAUAAAAAGUUAAGGAGUUGUACUAAUUCGUAGUAGUGACGACGAUCGUCAUUAACUCUGCAGUAACGUUACAUUUUCCCCAGUGGUUCCUAGUCACUGCCAUAGCUAUUGACGACGAUAUCGUGAAGAGCGUGACCGGAGAGCUGCUAAAGAAAAUUUUUGCCGAAUCGAGAAAAAAAAAAGAAUAAAAAAGUAUAUCUCGUUAUGUGUUCGAGUUAUUAGCUGUUAAAAGCUCUCGAGGAAAAAAAAAAAAUUGGCACAAAGACUGUUGUACUGCAGGGUUUACGGGGAAUCGACGAGAUAUCCGUUAAUUAUCAUUGGCAAAGUAAAGCUUUAUAAACUAACGUAGUGAUGAUGACGAUGACGAUGGAGUUUGGAACACUUGUUCGAAGGAUUUGUUCGGGAACCGUUUCUAUGUUCCAUGUACAAUCGUGAAGAUCGAAUUAUUGGUGUCUGUAGAGGUACAUAUAUUUUCUUACGGUAUAUAUAUGGUAAUUAGCGCUGCUUCGGCUCGUGAAGGACCCGCUACCCUUGAAUUGGUCGUAAUGAAUCGAAGAAAGCGAGAUUUCAGAAAUGGUUAUAUUAGCAUUUUGUAAAGCAAUGUAUAAAAUAAAACCGUUUAAUAGACGUUUUGUUCCAUAAUACUUAGCAUUUUCGUCGCAGUAUGCUCAAAAGUUUUGUGAAACAAUGAAGUUUAAAUUUGCAUUUCUAACAAAUUGGAAUAAUUUAAACAGAAAUACAUAAUGUAUUUUUACUAAAGUUUCACAAGACAUACAUGUGGAAGAUUACAAAAAUAAAAUAUUUAAACAAUACACGGUCCAAAAAUAUGGUACAAAUAAAGUAGAUAUUUUAAAAAUUAAUUUUACCCAACAUUUAAUAAAAAUUUGAAUUCUAUAUUUAACAUGAAAUAUAUUCUUUAAUUAGUGGGAUUAAGAAAGCAUUAUUUUUGAAAAAGAAGUCUUAUAUAAAUAUUAAUAAACAUGCAAAUUUCCAUUGUGAUGCAAUAAUACCAAGCAUAGGUUUAUCUUUUUGUCGAAACUAGAAAAAAAAAAUGAUUCAUUUUUUGGAUUAUUAAGCUUCAUACAGAUCCAGUGAAAUAAUUCUAAAGGACAAAUUUAAGGGAACGGGCGCCUCAAAGCUAGAUGUAAAAUUUUCUUAGGUACCUAUUGUUUCGAUGUAUGAAUCGUCUAUGUAAGAUGCUGGUACUGUUAGAAACAAAAAUGUGGCGACGACGAGUAUGCCGAGAGAAUAGAAUCUAUCUCGAAUAAUCCGGCCUUUCCGAAAAAAAAAAA